AUGCUUCAGUUCGGAGCCACGGAUAACGAGGCACACGCCGGCGAUGGGUCCACCAAGGGCCAUCAUAGGCUCGAAAAGAGCCGUGACUUCUGGGCGAGCCCGACAGCGGGAGCCGCGCCGACCGGCACCAAGACCGGCCAGAAACGCGGCGGGCCCUUGAAUCUGCAACAAAAGCACGCGGACCUGGUGCUCGAUGCGCCGGACAUGGCGGACAAUUUCUACCUGAACCUGCUCGACUGGAGCAGCAAGGGCGUGGUGGCCAUCGGGCUGGGAAGCGCCGUGCACGUGUGGAACAGCGAGACGGGGUCCGUGAGCGAGGUGGUGUCGGGCGACAGCGAUGUCACGUCCGUCGCGUGGGCCGACAACGGAACGCACCUCGCGGUCGGAUUUGAAGACCACGCGGAUUGCGUGCAGCUCUGGGCUGUCGAGCCGUGCAGGAAGAUUCGCGACUUGGCGGGGCACAGCGACCGCGUGAGCGCGAUGCACUGGGGAGCGUCGUACCAGCUCGCGACGGGCAGUCGAGACACGUCCAUAUUCACGCACGACGUGAGACUGGCCAGCAACGCGGUAUCCCGCCUGCGUGGAGUGCACAGGGACGAGGUGUGCGGGCUCCGCUUCGCGCCCAUCUCCUCCGCCGGCAUCAGCGGCGGAUCCGCUGCCACCGUGCUCGCCAGCGGCGGCAACGACAACCUCGUCGCCGUCUGGGACCUCCGCCGCGCUGCCUCCCUGGCGGGAACGGCUGGCGCUACCUCUGGCAUGGAGGCGAACCCGACAGCGCAAGCGUGCGUGCAUCGGUUCCCGCAGCACCAGGCCGCGGUCAAGGCCCUUGCAUGGUGUCCCACACAGCGACACAUGCUGGCGACGGGCGGCGGGUCAAGCGACAAGAGCAUCAAGGUGUGGAACGCGCAAGAGGGGUCGCUGCUGUCGUCCACAUUCACCGGGUCGCAGGUCACGGGCCUGUCGUGGGGGCCUUCGUCGCGCCACCUCAUCAGCGCGCAUGGCUACAGCGAGAAUGCCAUCUGCGUGUGGGCCGUUGGCGCGGGCGCGAGCGCAACUGCGACUGCAAGCAUGAGCGGUGGCCCGGGAGCGGGUGUUGCGGGAGCUGGCUCCUCCUUGCUGCAAGUGGGCAAGCUUACAGGUCACCGCGGUCGCAUCCUUCAUAUGGCUGUGGUGAGCUUUUCGGACUGUGCAUCACCUCCGUCAUGUGCUCGUUAUUGGAUUACGACUUUCUGUUAUUUGCACUAA